AUGGCUUCCUGGGCAAAGGUCACGUCCGGAGCCAACUGUGAGUUUGGGCAGGUUAUGCAAUUGAACGUCGGGGGCCAGUUCUAAACCGUGGGCACCCUGAGAAAAUGCCCUGGUUCCAAGCUGGCAGAGCUCUUCUCUGGCUCACACCCGGCCUGCGUGGAUGCAGAGAGCCGCUUCUUCAUUGAUCAUUUGGGCACCUAUUUUGGUCCCAUCCUGGACUACCUGCGCACCGGGGAGGUGCCCACGCAACACAUCCGCGAGGCGUACCGUGAGGCCCAGUUCUAUGAAAUCAAGCCUCUGGUCAAGCUCUUAGAGGACAUGACACAGAUCUUUGGUGAACAGGUGGCUCGCAAACAGUUCUUGCUACGAGUGCUGAACUGCAGUGACAAGCUGGAGGUCCUGCUGCUCCUAGCCCGGGCAGAGGCUGUGGCCAUGCGCUGGUCCACUGUGGUGGUGUGUGUGGUGGGCACCGAGGAGGAGGCUGCGCAGUGUGCAGCGCCCCUGUCCAAUCUGGAGGCCAAAAAGAUCCCGGUUGUUAAGUUUGGUCCCUGGAAGGUGGGUCCUGAGAUCGAUGACCUCAAGGACUGCUUGGAGAAGGACAUUAAGGACAGGGGCUACAAUGUAUGCUGCCAAAAGUACUUCCUUAAGUCAUCCGGGACCAGCCUCGACAAAUGUUUCUGUAAAUUCACUUUCACCUGGUGGUAACCCGCCCCCACCCCACCCCGGGGGUUCAGACUGCUUGUUAUGGGCACUGGUGGGGUCUUGAGACAUUCAAAGAUGCCAUCAAAAGCUAUCCUCCCAAGCUGGACCUGGAUUCCCAGCACUUGGGACGCAGAGGCUGAAGAUUGUCAUGAGUAUGUGACCAGAUUGGGUGAUAGAAUGAGACCCUAUCUCAGAAAGUAA